AUGCAGAUUCCGAUACCAGGUGCAAGUAACCAGGGUUUUGUUAAGGAAGGGUCGUUGAAGCGAACUCCGUCUGAAGAGAAAGAAAAAUUGGAGGAGACGGCAGUACUUUACACCAAGACCAAAGCUUUGGCAUCCAGACAGUCGGACAACACUUUGGAUAAUUGGAUUCUCUGGCAGACCUUGGAUCGCGGAAGAGGCAACUUGAAGCAUAUGACACCAUUCUAA